UCAAGUAGUUGUGGCGCCAGUUUGCAUGUUUAGCACUAAGUAUUUACGAACUUUAGUCAUAUCCAAAUCAAGGACUCAGUUUUGCACAACAGCACUAGCUAUGGGUAUUCAAGGCCUGUCAAAACUUCUCGGCGACUGUGCUCCAAGUUCAUUGAAGGACAAUGACAUAAAGAAUUACUUUGGUCGAAAAGUUGCAAUUGACGCCUCUAUGAGUAUAUACCAGUUCCUGAUUGCAGUCAGGUCUGAUGGAUCACAGCUGAUGAAUGAAGAAGGGGAGACAACCAGUCACUUGAUGGGGAUGUUCUACAGGACUAUCAGAAUGGUUGAGAAUGGAAUCAAGCCUGUGUAUGUGUUUGAUGGGAAGCCCCCAGAGAUGAAGUCAGGAGAAUUGUCCAAGAGAGCCGAGAGAAGGGAGGAAGCACAGAAAGGGCUAGAGAAAGCUGAGGAAGCUGGUGAUGAAGAAAACAUUGAUAAGUUCAACCGUCGCCUGGUGAAGGUCACUAAACAACACAAUGAAGACUGUAAACAGCUCUUGAAGCUGAUGGGCAUUCCAUAUGUUGAGGCUCCAUGUGAAGCAGAGGCUCAGUGUGCAGCUCUGGCCAGAGCAGGGAAAGUGUUCGCCGCAGGGACGGAGGAUAUGGAUGCCUUGACGUUCGGAUCUAAAGUGUUGCUCAGACAUCUGACAUUCAGUGAAGCAAGGAAAAUGCCAAUCAAAGAAAUUCAUUUAGACAGAGUGUUAGAAGAACUGAGUCUGUCUCAAGAUGAGUUUAUUGACCUGUGUAUUUUACUGGGAUGUGAUUACUGCGACUCUAUCCGGGGUAUUGGCCCAAAGCGAGCCAUUGAGCUGAUCAAGCAGCACAGAUCAAUAGAAACCAUCCUGGACCAUCUAGAUAAGAAGAAAUAUACCAUCCCAGAAAAUUGGAUGUAUAAGGAGGCACGAGUGUUGUUCCAGGAGCCAGAUAUUACAGAUCCAGAAAAACUAGAUCUGAAAUGGUGUGAACCAGAUGAGGAGGGUCUGCUGGAAUUCAUGGUGACACAGAAGGGUUUCAGCGAGGACAGGAUGAAGAAUGGCAUCAAGAAGCUAGUGAAAGCAAAGCAAGGCACGACUCAAGGUCGUCUUGACUCAUUCUUCAAAGUAAUGUCGUCCUCCUCCACCACACCCAAGAGAAAGGCUGCCGAGAUGAAGGGGAGUGCCAAGAAGAAAGCUAAGGGAGGUGCAUUCAAGAAGGGACGAUAGAGGCCAUGUUUUACCACCAAAAUUGUUUUUGAGAAAGUAUCAGUGCUGAAUCAAAUGGAUGAAUACAGAGAAGGUCUUCAUGUGUAUAAACUAAGGAUUCUGUCAAAAGCCAACAGAUGUGUUUGUUCUUCUGUGAACAAGAUUGUAUGAUAGUGGACAAACUUGUGAAUGUAUUGUUUGGUGUUCAGUCAUUGUUAUUGGCUCAUAGUCCAUGUUGAUGAUCAUUAGGUUUGUCUCGGAAAAAAUUAGUUCAAUGAAAUGUCAGCAAAUUCAAGACGUAUCAAUAUUCUCAUUUUGAGGCUGAUGAGGAUUAUUUUGACAUGUCAGUAUCAGCCCCGAUACGAAUCCCUUCAUAUCAGUAUUACUUGAGCACUGAAGGAAAGUUUACUGUGACUGUUUAUUGGCUGUAGCUGUUAAAGUUGUUUUAGUAUUCAUUGACAAAAUACACCAUUGUGUUUGUUUUUCGUCUUUUAGUUACCUAAUAUGUGCCCGGCUCGAGAUGUUCAAGUCUGUUUUGAGAAGUGUGACUUGUUGGAACACAAUGGCAUUGCUUUAAUGUAUAUAGAAUUCAAUGUGUAUAAUAAACUAUGAAAGA